CCCCCAAAUCAGAGCCCAAUCAGAGUCCAAGCCAAAGGCCAAGCCGAACCCAAGCCAGAGCCUGAGCUCAAGCCAGAGCCAAGCCCGACCCAAAUCAGAGCCCAAUCAGAUUCCAAGCCCAAGCCAAAGCCCGACCCGAAACCAGAGCCCAGCCCAGAGUCGAAGCCCAAACCAGAGCCCAAGUUGGAGCCAGAGCCCAAGCUAGAGCCAGAGCCCAAACCAGAGCCAAAGCUGGAGCCAGAACCCAAGUUUGAGCCGGAGCCGGAGUCCAAGCCGGAGCCAGAGCAGAAGCCAGAGCCCAAGCUUAGUCAGAGCCAGAGUCCAAACCAGAGCACAAGCAGAAGCCAGAACCCAACCCAGAGCAUGAGCCAGAGCCCAAGCCAGAGCAUAAGCCAGAGCCCAAGCCAGAGCAUAAGCCAGAACAAAAGCCAGAGCCCAAGCCAGGGCCCAAUCAUGAUUUCAAGCCAGAGUCCAAGCUGGAGUCUGACCCAGAGCCCAGGCUGAAGCCAGAGCCAGAGCCUAAGCCAGAGCCUAAGCCAGAGCCCAAGCCGGAGCCUAGGUUUGGGAAAAAGCCCCUUGUGACGAACAUUGAAUGGCAAACUGGUGCAAGUAGUACAGCGAUAUUAGUAAAAUAGGCCUACAUGUGUGCAAAAAAAACAUUUUUGUUAUUACACUGUCGCAUGUUGUAUACCAUGUGCCCUCCAUGCACUUCGCAUAAUGCGCCAUCCUUACACAUCCGACAGAUAACUCAGUACGUCAUGUGCUUACAGGUCGUGUCCGAAUUGGCGACUUCGGCUACAGCUACGCCUAGGGCGCACGCGUCUGCUAUUCUUCAACACUGACAGACGCGCUGAUCUAGCCGUAGCUGUAGCCAAAAUCGCAAAUUGGGACAAGGCCUUACAUUUUAAUGCAUUGCACAUCACCCAUUACACAAACAGCAUGUACACAAACAUUUCUUCAAGAGUGCUUGAAGAUCCAAGCCAGUAGACGAAGCCCUAUACUUAUUAAGUAGAAAAGCACAUAGCUAUAGCCCCAUAAGAACACAGUAUUAUCAUUUCUAUAACGCCUACAUUUUAAUACCCUUAGAUUGGUCACUGCUUUUCUGUACAUUUUGUAAUAUUAUAAAUUGCUAUUUGAAUUAGAUUUUUUAUUUGUAUCCCGGUGAAGCGCCUUGAGCCUCUUUUUAAGCAGACUUUGGCGCUUUGUAAGAUUCAGCCAUUUUUUUAUACUAAUUAUUAACAAUCAUUUACAAAAAUCACUGCGUCAGAACAUAGAGUGUCCUUACUCUAUGGUCAGAAUUAACGCAAACACAAACGCAAACAAAAUCAGACCACGAAUUGUGUGUAGAAAUAUAAUGUCACAAUAAACCGAAACAGCACCUCUCAUUGGCUGAGAGCAGAGCCAUACAUGUAUAUGGGGAGAGUAAUGCGACUUGCGAUUAGAAGCAUAGAACGCACAGAAGCCAAAAUUUACUGCUAACCCGUGAAAUAUGCUUGCUGUAAGCACAUAAUUCCCUGCUUUCAGAAGCGCCGAUUCUGUUCUUACAGUAAGCACAGCCAUGAAAUUGGGCCAAUGUAAUUCCAGUAAAACCAGUCUGGUAUAUAAUAUUAACUUAAAAAAUUAAAAUCAGAUUAACUAAUACGAGAGAACAGAUUUUGCCUUUAAAAAUAAAAACAAAUAAAUACAACAGGUUAAACAAAAUCAAAAAUACAUCUACUGUAUGUAUCUACAUUAAUCAGACCAGAGCGAAAAAAGAGAAUAAAAUAAUGCUCUAUAUUUAAUAGUUAUCUAAAUUGAGACACAAUUUUUACACAUCGUCGAGAACAAACAAAAAAGGAGGCUUCAUCAUUUUGACUUUGAUAAAUUUAAACAUGAUGAAAGAGGAAUUUCAUAUUUCUUGUCGACUUCAAAAUAAAGAGCUGUUAAUUACCGGGGGAAAAUUCCAUAAAAAUGAUAAAAUAAAAUACAUAAAGAUUUUAAUCUCUAUUCCUCACUGAUUAUAAAUUCACUACCAGUACCAGCUUUCCACAGAAAUAUUUACAAUGUGAUGUCUGAAAACAGUCAAAGUUGAGGAAAUCGCAAUUGAAGACUUGACAACAAACAUUAUGUAAUAAAGAACAUACUCAUUUUGGGGGGCCAGUUUGAACACACGAGGACCAGUCAAAAUUCAUUUAGAGUGAUCCGGCUGCCUAGCUCAGUGUAAAAAAAGAUCCCCAUUAAAUAUGAAUUCAGUUAGUAAUUGUCAGUCCUGCUUUCUUUGGACCUCUUUCUUGUAAAAUUUAUUUUUUAAAUUUAUUUCUUGUUUAUAUCUGAGGAAUGGGUGUUUUUUUUUUUAAACUGAGGGGUGGGUGGUUUUUAAAUUGAGAGGUGGUUAUUAAGGGACAUUCUUCGUUGUACGACAGCUUUGUAGAGGUGCUGGUCACCUGUUCCUCCUUGCCACUCACUGGCUUGGUAUUUUAAUCUAUUUUGUUUCUUUGUAUCGUUAUUUAUCUAGUUAUUUACUUGUAUGCCAGUGUAAAGCGUAAUCAAACUAAGUACAGGUACAGUUGCCGACACGACGGAACAGUAAACUGACAUAUUUCUUGAUCCUAAAAAAAAAUUAUGGGCAAACCCUGCCUCAAUUUAUGCAAACAAACUAUUAAAAACUAAACCAAGAACCACAGCUGCAUCUUUAAACAACUAUCAAUUCAGUUAACAUUAACUCAUAACACUAUCUUAAAUCAGGCAUGUUUUAAAGUAAAAAAUAACAAAAUUAAACAAAUUCUGCGGGAAAUAAACUAACCAAAGAACUGCCACCCCCCCCCCAGGCCUACUACUUAUAGGUGGCAAUUGCAGUUAUUGCUUCCAUUGCCUAUGUGCCCUUGAAAAGUUCCAAUAGAAAUUUACAAUUUCCUCUAAAAGGUCCAAUUACAUGUACCAAGGAGAAAAGGCUUUGGUGCCCUUAAUCUUUCAAAAACUGGGCAUCAAGCCUGCCACAAAGUGUUAAUUUGUGACCUACAAUGUAGUAACAGUACAUCAUUCUUGCUAAAAAAAAGGUGGCUGAAAUGUACCAACAAUUUUGGCACAAGUUUGGAGUAAAAAAAACAAUAUUGUGUAAAAAAAGGCGAAUUUCUGCAAGAUCAUCAAUGAAGGUCAACACCCCCCCCCCUAAAAAAAAUAUAAAAAAAAUAAAACAACAACAAUAAAAUAACAAAAAUGAAAAAUUUAAAAAAGAUUAAUAAUCCAUGCUGCCAAUAUCGCUAAAUUGAGCCUCUACAGUUUAGCAAAAUAUCUCUGCCUACCUGAUGCAGGACAUUUUCAACAAAAGGAAAACAAAAUAAAAAUGGGUUUGUUUCAUCUGCGUGAGCCACUGACCAUGUCUGUAACUAAAUCAGACGCGGCCCACAACUCCCACUUCUGUUUCCCAGAUUCUUCAUAAUGCUAACAAUAAACACAUACAGAGGAUAUUUAAUCCAGACACUUAUAAAACUUUCACAUGUGGCGUGUCAUGGCCGAGCUGUUAAAAGCACCGGAUUCAAGCUCUGCUCUUUGAUCAGCAGA